AUGUACAAUAACGGCUCCUUCGGCCUGGGGAUGGCGCCUCUGGGCCUCACGCAGCAAAAUCCCGCGCACUCGGGCCAACAACAGCAACAGCAACAGCAACAACAACAGCAACAGCAACAACAGCACCACCAACAACAACAAUUUGGAUCAGGUCCAAUGGCUCAUGGCGGAUCUUCACACUCUCAAGCAUCAAUUACAAGCCCAAAUACCUCUUCUGCAACAUCUUCUUUACUUAGCGGCUCUACCUCAGCUACCAACCAUCAUCAUAUCAUCAAUCACCAUCAUCAUACAAGCGCGAUUAAUAACUCUAAUAACCACAAUCCUAGUAGUAACCCAACACCUGCUUCAAAUACUCCAAACCAUAAUAUCCAUCAUCAAAAUACCUCUUCAUUAUCGUCAUCAUCAUCCUCUUCUCCAUCUCUCCAUAGACCUUCUAUUAUUCCCGGGUCUCACCCCGGAUCUCAAACAUCAUCAUCAUCAUCGGCUUCCUCCGCAUCUUCAGCUUCCUCUUCAUCCACCGUUGCAACCACUUCAACCACUACCACCAAUACCACUGGAAAUCCCUCUUCUUCUUCUUCACCAUCUACAUCUACCCCUACUUCUUCAUCCAUGGCAGCCGUAAUGGCCGCCGCAGCAGCUGCCGGAUCCCAUGACUCGUCUCUUUUUACCGACCCGCAUUUCGCGUCUCUCGGCCCGCGAUCAACUCCGGACGCUUACGACAGCCUUCUUCGUUACGCCCAUGACCCGUCGGCAGUCGCAACCCACCACGGAUCAACCUCGGUAGGCUCGGGUCCCGGAUCAUCUCACAAUACCACCAGUAGUAGCAGCAGUAGUAGUAGUAAUAGUAGUAAUAAUAACCAUAACAAUAAUAAUGGUAAUAGUAAUGGUUCAAAUAAUAAUAAUAACAACAACAACAACAAUAACAACCUUCAUCACCACUCACCUCUCUCUCACCACAUCAAUCUCCACCAUCCUCAUAAUCCAUCAACAAUUGCAAGUCACCAUAACCCCCACGCGUCGUCAUCUUCCUCUCCCCUCUCUCUGCCGGGUCCUGGACUUGUGGGUGGUGGGUCGGUCCAUCCGGACCAUGACCCCCAUCUCCAGCAACACCAACAUCACCACAAUAUUCACUCCUCAACUUCUUCUUCCACCUCAUCUUCUUAUCUACAAUCAGCAUCGCGCUCUGCCUCAAGUACGCCCUCAAAUAAUACCUCUUCAACUUCAAAUAAUAACUAUUUCAUGAGUGUCUCAAACUCAAUGGGGUUCUCUGCUCUUGCUGCUCCUGCUACAUCUUCACCCCAGCUAGGCCAUCUUUACCAUACUCCCUCAUCGGCCGCCCACUCACGUACUAGUAGCCAAACUCAACAACAACAACACCAGUACCAGGGAUAUACCACCCAUUCCGGCACAACCCCGCCACAUUCUUCUUCCUCUUCCUCCUCCUCGUAUAUAAAAGCCGAACCAGAUGAUUACACGCGUGUAAGCACGUUUGGGAGACGCACAGGGUCACCCCCAAGUGACUUGGGCUCAAAUUCUGCCGACACGGCCGGGAAUGCCCAUCAUCAAACCAAUUCGUCUACCUCGGUAUCACCCCAACAAUUUGGCGGCGAUCCAUCAAUGGGUGGACCAUCUAUGCGUAUCAGCAAAAAGCGAAGAAAAGAUUUACACAUGGAUGACUUUGGUGGAGUGGUUGCAGCUGCAGCGGCUGCAGCAGCUCAGCUACAAGCUGCAACAGGCUCAAUUUCACCCUCAGGGGCAUCGCCUCAACUUCAUCAACAUGCAUUGCAUGCUCACCAUAUGGCUCAGCAACAUCAACAUCAACAUCAACAUCAACAUCAACAUCAACAUCAUCAUAUUCAACAACACCACGCGUCGACACACGCGUUACAUGGCCCAUUACAUGGCCCGUUAGCCGACAUGAAGGAUAAAUUCCAAGGAUACGGUGGAAUGGGUAGUAAUAGUACACAGCAUCAGCAUCAGCAACAGUCUCAUUACCAUCAAAAUAUGGGAGCGUACGGGUACGCACACCAUGACUUGGGGUUCCAUGAAGAAACUGUGGGCAGCAGUGGUCAUGGGUCAUCUGUAUCGCCGUCGGUGCCUGGAGCAUCCCCUACAACCCCUGGGGCUGCCGGGCAGCCUCCUCCGGGGAACAUGAAUACCAAUUUCAAUAACAAUCAUACCUCCUCCAAUAAUAGUAAUAAUAACAACAACAGUGGGUCUUCGCGCAAAAAAUCCGGACAGCGGCCCAUGGCAUGGACGCGAGAGGAGGAGGAUCGGUUGCGGAAUCUAGUCAAGGCCGGGACUAAAUGGCCGAAAAUCACGCUUGAGUUCCCGAACCGAUCAGCAGGGGCCAUCAAAAAACACUUUUACGCAGAUAUGAAGCAUACAGUAUGGCACGAGGACGAAGACAAUGCGCUGCAGCAGGUGUUCAAGGAAGACGAAAAUAAUAAGUGGCGACGCAUUGGUGAAAAGUUGGGUCGUCCUGCAAAGGCAUGCGAAAAACGUAUGAAGGAACUGCUCAACAUGAAGCCUGGAGAGUAUAUUUCUCCUCAGGAAUCGCGCAGACAAUACGAGGAACAGGAGGCAGCAGAAGCAGCAGCAGCGGCAGCAGCAGCAGCAGAACUUGCAGCGGCUCACUCAGUUCAUGCAGUUCACGCAGGUCAGGCCCAAGUCCAUGUAGCAGCAUCGUCCAUGAUGACAACCAUGGCUGGAGUUAAUGUACCAGUAGGAGCACUUGAUUCUUUGGGAGGGGUAGCUCAACAACAGUCAUCUAACCAGGCGACUUAUACAAGUACCUCAACUAGUCAGGCUCAAGGCUCCCCAGAGGCUACAAUGUCGUCAGCAUCAUCCUUGGUAGGUCCUGUAUCUUUAGGGCCUUCGUCGUCUUCGCCAUCUACAAAUGUCACAGGUCCAACCGGACUCUCUGGCCUAGACACUAGUCCCAAUAGUAGCAACAAUCCCAGCACCAAUACUAGCACAGGUACAAGCACAAGCACAAGCACAAGCACCAACAACAAUACUGACAACAAUUCUGACAGCAAUGCCGACACCAAUACCAAUACCGAUACCAACAAUAGCAAUAACAAUAACAAUAACAAUCCUACUGCAACAACCUCAGAAACAAACCAUGCAAGUCAUUCAAGUCAUUCAAGUCAUUCAAGCCAUUCAAGUCAUUCAAGCCAUUCAAGCCAUGCACCAUUUGAUCUGCCUGGUGCUGCUUCGCUGGCCUUGAUGGACCCGGCGAUUCAGAACGCACAAGCAGCAGCGGUUGGUGUUUCUGGCGGACAACAGGCAAUAGUAGGAUCACCUCCGACGAAGCUAGGUGCGCAAGUUUCUGGGCACUCGUGA